CUACUCUGGCAUCGUCAACUUCUAAAGGGCGUAGACAGUGAGCAUGUGGCUGCAAUUACUAACAGCCGUCACGAUAGCAGUGCUUUGUUCAAUUAUGUUCUGCGGUAAAAAGAAGAAAGCAACGCAGUCGGCGGAGAGGGUACAGAAACCCGAAGAAAAAUCUCAGGAGACAAUGGAGAAACCCACAGCGGAGGAAAAGAAGUCCGCGGAACUUAAUAAACUUCAGCCUCAAUCUGCCACUUCGUUUUCUCGAUCUACACCAACUCCCGCAGCUGCACCACCUCCUCCGCCACCGCCUCCGCCGGCAGCACCGCCACCACCGCCACCACCACCUGCAAAUGCACCUCCCGCACCCCCGGCACCUGUUCCGCUUCCAGUUCCGGAAGGGGGUGAUGACGUUGGGUACGAAAUGUGUCCAGAUAUGACACCUGAAGAAUUGGCAAAGGUCAUACCCAAGUGAAUGAUGUUUCGAAGAGUUGUAGAUAUGAAG